CAGCAGACAUGUUAUGGCAGUAAAACACAGGUGUAACUAAACAUUCAAAAUCGCUGCAUUCAAUUUAGGUGCCAGGACCCUGGUGCUGUCUGACUGUAAAUCAGAGAUGAAUGGAAUUCUAAUUAAGGUCGUAACUGUCACUCGUGCUCUCCUACUACGACAAAUUAAAAUAUCUUCCAUGAAUAAAAGUCACACACCUGUCCACACCUUUGUUUGCUCUGACUCCAUAGUUACCCAUCUCCACUUUCUGCUGACUGUAGACUGUGUUUGUUCCAUCCUGGCCUCCACAAUCUUACCUCCUCUGUCGCCCCCACCCCAGUGGCGCUCCCAGACACACACCACCUCCUGGGCCCUCUGCGUCUCUGGUCCAGGUCUACAGGAAUGUUGAGUGUCUCUACAGCCCCCCUCCCUGGAGAUUAGACUUCGCCAUGCGUGCCCCCCUCACUUCAUUCCAUUCCAAAGUGUGCCCCCUAAGAGCUGCCGCAUUUUUAUCUGAGCCCGGUGAUUGUGACAGAUUGGCCAAAUGACACACAUACACAGACACACAUUCGCGGACGCACAAUGAGGCGCAAACAGAGGGAGGCUGCUUCGCUCAGGGAGGGACCAGAGAGUGCCAGACUCCAGCUAUAAAACCCUCCCAGGAUGAGGCCGGUGUCCUGCUCUGAGCUGGACAGUACCUCUUUCUGUUGUGCCAGGACACUGUCAGGACAGGCAGCAGACGAGCCUCCAACAUGAACGACAUCUACAAGGCAGCGGUUGAACAGCUGACAGAUGAACAGAAAAAUGAGUUCAAGGCCGCCUUUGACAUCUUCGUCCAAGACGCAGAGGACGGCUGCAUCAGCACCAAGGAGCUGGGGAAGGUGAUGAGGAUGCUGGGUCAGAACCCCACACCGGAGGAGCUGCAGGAGAUGAUUGACGAGGUGGACGAAGACGGGAGUGGCACGGUAGACUUCGAUGAGUUCUUGGUCAUGAUGGUGAGAUGCAUGAAGGAUGACAGCAAAGGAAAGUCGGAGGAAGAGCUGGCAGAGCUGUUUCGAAUGUUUGACAAAAACGCAGACGGUUACAUUGACCUGGAAGAGCUGAAGAUGAUGCUGGAAUCUACAGGAGAGGCAAUUACUGAGGAUGACAUCGAGGAACUGAUGAAAGACGGGGACAAGAAUAACGACGGCAAAAUUGACUACGAUGAAUUCUUGGAGUUCAUGAAAGGAGUGGAGUAAUCCUGAACAAGACAAGAUCCAGAGUGUUAUUUUUCUAUUUCUCUGUGACUCCACGGUCAUCUGUGGAAAACUGGAAGCCACUGAAAGAAACAAUGGGACGACUUUGCAAGAUUUAGUCAAAUACUGCAUCUGAAUGUUUCUGUAUUUUUCUAUCACCUCUUGCAUUGUUGUAAAUACAGCUUGUGACAACUUUUGGUGCCCAGGUAGAUUGAAUUUGUGUAAAUCUAUCAAAAAUUACUUGUAUUUUCUAUAGAUGUUGAGCAGUAUUCCCCUUCUGGCUGCUUUUUAAAGUCAACAUGGUGUUUGUUUCUGGUUAAAUCGUAUCUCUGAAGUGCCACAGUCAGUUUACAAAUCUUCUUACUGAGAGAUAUUGUUUACCUGGGCAGAAAAUGUAUGUGUGCACACAGCAAAACAACUCCAUGAUCAACAUAGUUUUACACCAAGCUCUGGUAGACUAAUCAUUUUGUUGAAGCCAGUCUGUAGUGAUCCAUAUUAUGAUGUACACGUUGUAUACAUUUCUGUAAGUACCCUCAGGACUUUUUAUUCCCCUCAUGUCCCUGCAACGUCUGCAUGUUUCUACAUGAAAGGUCUGUUUGGAAUGUGCGCUCAUGUAAUAAACCAGAUGCAUUUGA